AUGGCCGGGCUGCCCCACAGGAUCAUCAAGGAAACCCAGCGUUUGCUGGCAGAGCCAGUUCCUGGCAUCAAAGAAGAACCAGAUGAAAGCAACGCCCGUUAUUUUCAUGUGGUCAUUGCUGGGGAAUCAAAGGAUUCCCCCUUUGAGGGAGGGACUUUUAAACGUGAACUAUUACUUGCAGAAGAAUACCCAAUGGCAGCCCCUAAAGUACGUUUCAUGACCAAAAUUUAUCAUCCAAAUGUAGACAAGUUGGAAAUAAUAAGUUUAGAUAUUUUGAAAGAUAAGUGGUCCCCAGCCCUGCAGAUCCGCACAGUUCUGUAUCGAUCCAGGCCUUGUUAAGUGCUCUCGAUCCAGGCCUUGUUAAGUGCUCCCAAUCCAGAUGAUCCAUUAGCAAAUGAUGUAGUGGAGCAGUGGAAGACCAACGAAGCCCAAGCCAUUGAAACAGCUAGAGCAUGGACUAGGCUAUAUGCCAUGAAUAGUAUUUAAAUUGAUCCAAUCAUUAAGUGUGCAUCACUUCUCCUGUUCUGCCAAGACUUCUUCCUUUUUGCUUGCAUUUAAUGGACAUAGUCUUAGAAACAUUACAGAAUAAAACAACCCAGACAUCUUCAGUUAUUUGGUGAUUAAAUGUACAUUAGCAAAUCUAUGUCUUGUCCUGAUUCACUGUCAUAAAGCAUGAGCAGAGGCUAGACGUAUCAUCCGGAUUGUUGUGAAACGUUUAAAAGCAGUGGUCCCUCCCUGCUUUUAUUCAUUUCCCCCAUCCUGGUUUAAGUAUAAAGCACUGUGAAUGAAGGUAGUUGUCAGGUUAGCUGCAAGGGUGUGG